UGAAUCAGAUUUCUUUACAUAGCAGGGUGUCGUUUAAUUUUUUUAGAAACAAAAUUUGGUUUUCUUGAAUCAUCAAGUCAUGGAUUCGCCUGCUAGAAAUUAUAAACCCUGAUGUUUGACUUCUCUGACGGAAUUGGUUUGCGUUGAUAAUGAAAUUUAAAGCUUGAAGUGAAACUAUAAUAAAGGAGGAUUAACAUGCAUAUUGUUGAUGUGGUGUGGGCAUGUUGUUGCUUGACGAUAUUGUCAGUGCCGCCUGUAAAUGGGGCGAAUGUUAUAGUUAGUCCCAACAUCACGGUCAAACCGACCCCCUAUCCCCCUUUAGACCCUGGGCAGCGUGUGGAUAUCACCCUCACAUGCGUGUGCAAUGGAACUGGUCUUAGUAACUACGAUCUUAGUUACUACGUCCGCAACAGUCUGAACUUGGAUUUCAAAGACAACAACAGCACAUUUCAUCCGAUCACCAAAUCAUUUCACAACGCAACAGGCGAUAGCUACGAGUGGAACAGUUAUAUCGCUUCUAAGGAUUUAGAGUCGGGUCGAUUUGUGCAUAAAUAUGAGGUCACCAACGACAAUUUCAACCAUGAGUUCAUUCUUAGCAUUCAUGAUCCCGUGGACUCGGUGAUUCUGUCGUUGUAUGACUCCAUGGGUGCGAUAGUUGGCGUCUCUAAUGCAUCUGUGAAUGACUCAAUGGUUGCCAGAGAGAUCAAACCAGGCAAAUACACGGCGCAGUGCCAAGCAACAGGCAGCAACCCUGCACCCAAAAUUGAGAUUAAGUUGGGCGGCAACAUUAUUGUUGCCUUCGAUAUAGGAUUCAAGGCAAUUGUCAGUGGUCGCCCGUCAUAUUCUAGCAUAGUUCGUCAAAAUACAACAAUUGCUGCGUUGGACAUCGGUCAGUUUUUAACAUGUGAGGCAAAUAUUCCGGGAACUUACUAUGCAACCAAGGUGGUUACCAUCCAAUUGAAGGCUUUCAUUAGUCUUGCACGCGACACGUCAAUGGGAGACUACCUCAAGGUCAUAGUUCCGGUUAUUGUAGCCAUCGUCAUCGUUGUUCUAGUGAUUUGUAGGAAACGUCGCCAAAACUUGUCGACAAGUAGUUUUUCCUCAUCGAGCGAGCAGCCAAACGGAGCGUUACCUGGGCAUGAUCACCCAUUUUCUGGUGCAGGAAAUGCUCCGAUAUCACAGCAUUCUCUGCCAAACCAGGAAAAUCAUGUGUAUGAAAACAUUGAGGUAGAUGCUCCUGUACAUCUGGACAACACCAUACCCAAAGUAAUCUCUGACCGUUAAUCGUAGCAAUGCAAUACAAACCAAGACAUGUUUCAUAAACGCGUCAAAUCGACUGUAGAUGAUAAACAUUUAAAGCUAGUGGCUUAGUUGUUUGAUAAAAUAUGAAAUCAUA